UGAAGAAGUCAAUAACUAGUUGCUAGUAGUUCAUGGUAGACCUAUAAAACCUAAUCUCGAAAGACAAAGAGCAUUCAGACAAAACUCAGCUCAUAUAGAUGUUCAAUAUUUUAACGAUAUAUCAUAGAAUUUUUUACAAUUUAGCCGUGCUUUUUUCCUGCUCUUUUGAAACUAGGUACCUAUGUAAAGACAACAACUACAUCUCGCGCCAUUUUCAACAAAGAGGACUGUAAAUGACUUCAAAAUCAAUUUUAAGAUAACAUUUUAGACCUACCUGGGUUUUCCAAGUACCGGACAUAUUUACUAUUAGCAAUGCAAAAUACAAAGCAAAUCCCGGAACCCAGUCGAUGUGAACUAGCUAAAUACGAGUAUAAGAAAUCAUCGUACGGGGAGAUUUACGAUGUGCUACAAUCAUUAAGGAAAGAUAAGAUUCUUUGUGAUAUUAAACUAGAAACAGAUGACGGUGAAGUUAUAUUCGGCCAUAAAGUGGUUCUAGCAUCGGCUAGUCCAUAUUUCCUUGCAAUGUUCACGAAUUUUUCAGAAAAGAAUCAAGAUCAGGUUGCUAUCAGGCAGUUGGACUCUAGUGCCCUACAACUCUUAAUAGACUUUGUUUAUUCUGGGGAAAUCUCGAUCACUGAAAAAAAUGUACAGGUUCUGUUGUCAGCAUCAAAUCUUUUGCAGUUACAAGAAGUCAAAAACGCAUGUUGUGAUUUUCUACAGGCACAACUAUGUCCUACCAAUGUUGUUGGGAUAGUUGCUUUAGCUGAUUUACAUGACUGUACAAAAUUGUUAACAAGUUCAGAAUUAUAUAUGCAACAACACUUUUCAGACGUGGUAGAAGGAGAAGAAUUCCUGUUUUUGUCAUAUGAACAAAUGGUUAAGUUGAUCGCCAGUGAGGAACUUACAGUUCCAUCUGAAGAAAAAAUAUUUGAAAGUGUUAUUCGAUGGGUAAAACAUGAUUUGGAUUCCAGAAAACCAAUUUUGCCCAAAUUAAUGGAACAUGUCCGUUUACCAUUAACAUCAAAAUAUUACAUAUUAAAAAAUGUAGUUGACGAACCUCUUCUUAACAAUUGUUUUAAAUGUAAAGAUUACGUAUUUGAAGCAUUACGUUUUCAUUUACUUAAGUCAGAAGAACUUAUAACAAUUCCACAUAACAUCCGGACAAUACCUAGGCAGCCUGGUGGUACACAUAAAGUUAUUUUAGCUGUUGGUGGAGCAGGGUCCAAUAACGAAAUAUUGGAUAGUACAGAAUGGUAUGACCCAAAAAUCAAUCAAUGGCAGCCUGGACCAAAAAUGAUUACACCAAGUUGUGCUGGUGGUCUAGCUGUAGUAAAUGAUAAUUUUGCGUUAUAUUUGGGUGGUACAAAUUUUGUAUCAAUUUUUCAAUCUGCUUAUGGGCUAAAUUUAUCUUCAGAAUCUCCUAAUUGGACACCAACCUACAACAUGUUAGUUAAACGACAAAGUUUUGGUGUUUGUGUGAUAAAUAAAUAUAUAUACGCCGUUGGCGGCAAUGAUGGUGAAAAUUUUUUAAGCAGUGCAGAAGUUUUUGACUGCAGAACUCGAGAAUGGCAUACGAUAUCUAAUAUGUCUACUAGACGAGCUGGUCAUGGGCUUGGAGUACUGAAUAAUCUUUUAUAUGCUGUAGGUGGUUCUGAUUCAGGGCGUAGAUUCAACUCCGUCGAAUGUUACCGUCCCAGUCUUGAUAAAUGGACACCAAUUGCAGACAUGUGUGUACGUCGCGCUGGAGUGGGUGUUGGAGUUUUGAAUGGUGUACUGUAUGCUGUGGGUGGUUGGGAUGGUGCUCAGAUUUGGAGUAGUGUCGAAGCAUACAGACCAAGUACAGGAGUUUGGUCAACUAUUCCGGACAUGCAUUUGAGUCGACGCGGUGCCGCUGUAGCUGUAUUAGGUGGUUUGUUGUAUGUCAUCGGUGGUCACGACGGAGCUUCUAUUUUAGAUUCUGUAGAAUCUUACAACCCUAAAACUAAUACCUGGACCAUGAUCACAGCGUCAAUGAAUGUGCCAAGGAGAUUUGCAAGAGUUGUAGCCAUUGAUAGGCCACGAUAUAUUAAAACCUGUUAGCGUUCAUAUUAUUUUUUUGAUUCAAUAUAUUAUUACGUUCUCA